CAUUACCCUAUCGCACCAAAGCUCCUUCUUCACCUCCACCUCCACCUUCUCCUAUUCUUCGCAAUAUGUCCAUGCAUCGCCUGGCCACAAGGCUCUCAUGCCUUGGCUUAUACCCUACUCGCUCUUCAGCCCUUUCAACAACAUCCAUUGCUGCCCGCUACUCCACUGCCGCCCUCACCUCAGCGGUUGACCUUUCCAAUCUUAGCGACAACCCCGGAUCGAAAUCACAGCGUCUUCGUGUCGGCCGUGGUCAGGGUUCAGGAAAGGGUAACACGGCCGCCCGUGGUCACAAGGGUCAGAAGGCUCGCGCCGGAAACGGCGGCCAGCCCAAGCCCGGUUACGAAGGUGGCCAAACCCGCUUGAUCGACCGAUUGCCCAAGCGUGGGUUCAAGAACCCUGAACACAAAGAAUUCCAGCCCUUGAACCUAGAUCGACUUCAGUUCUGGAUCGAAUCCGGACGUGUCGACGCUACUCAGACCAUCACCAUGAAGCAUCUCCUCGACUCACGGUGUAUCCACAACAUUCAGGAUGGCGUCAAGCUGCUCGGAGAUGGUAAAGCCGACUUCAAAACACCCAUCAACAUCGAAGUCUCAAGGGCCUCGAAAUCCGCCAUCAAGGCCAUCGAGUCCUGCGGCGGCAAGAUCACCUCCGUCUACUACAACAAGCUCGGUCUCCGUGCCCUGACUAAGCCCGAGAAAUUUGAUCAAUUACCCCGCUUUGCCCGCCCCAUGAAGAAGAAGGACAUUGCUUUCUACACGGAUGAAGCAAAUCGCGGUUACUUGACUGGAAAGGCAGAGAUCGUUGGCAUGGAUCAUUGAUUUUAAGCAACUGGAUAAGGGACGGGCCAGGGAAAGUUGGGGAAUUUGUGCAAGGAACGGCUGCUAGUUGAAGGGAAAGAACGUGUAGGAUCGGGGG